AUGGCAGUGGCCCAGAAGAAAUCAGUGCCAUGGGAGGACGAUCUGAUGAACCCAUACAAUUGGCCGAAACACAGGAAAUAUUGCAGCACUCUGCUACUAUCUGCUAUGACAUUUAACACCCUCAUGUCCUCGACUAUCGUCGCACCAGCUCUACCACAAGUAAGGAAGGAUCUGACCAUCGAGUCCGAUGCUCAAACACAGCUUGUCCUAUCGAUAUAUGUGCUAGCCUAUGCCAUUGGAUAUUUUAUCUGGGCACCUAUGAGUGAAGUCUACGGACGAACACGUGUCUUACAGAUCGCGAACGUAUGGUUUUGCACUUGGGCGCUUAUAUGUGGCUUUGCCCGCAACCAGUCUAUGAUCGUUGUGGGAAGGCUAUUCUCUGGUGCGGGAGCAGCUGCAGCUCUCGCACUCGGUACCGGUGUCACAGCUGAAAUCUGGCGUUCCGCUCAGCGAGGACAAUCUCUUGCCAUUUUGUCCACUAUCACACUCCUCGGCCCCUCUAUCGGACCUGUUCUGGGAGGAAUAAUUGCUGCACAGUCUCUCUCGUCGUGGCGGUGGGCUUUCUGGUCAACCACUAUCUUCAAUGCGAUCUUGCAACUGCUUGCCUUGCGCUUCCUGCAUGAGAGCCACGCACAAACUAUUGUUGGUAGAAGAUGCAGGAGAGCAGAGAUUAUGGAGUCAAAGAAGACGUCGCCACUCCUUCCAACAUCGGCCACGAAUUUCUUGCUGAACUCUCUGAAGCGACCAUUCUAUCUACUGAUCAGCCAACCUGCUUCACAAGCUCUGAUCUUGUACUCGGGACUAUCCUUUGGUGUGCUCUAUUUCAUUCUUUCUGUGCUCACAGAUCCUUUCACAAAGAUAUAUGGUCAAAGCCUCAUCAUCGCCUCCCUCAACUACAUCUCUUUUGGUAUCGGCCCAACCAUUGGAGCGCAGAUAUGCGGCCCGGUGAUAGACACGAUCUAUAGGUACCAAACUAAGCGACACGACCAUUCAAGAUCAGCCAAUGCUGCAGAAGACAAGGAACAAAGCGCGACCAGAAAUGCAGUCAAGUUGCCUGCUGAAUACCGACUCUAUCCCUUGAUGCCUACGCUGAUUCUCAUGACGAGCGGCCUCCUGAUAUUUGGAUGGAGUUUACAUUAUCGAUUACAUUGGGCUGUUCCGAACAUUGGCGUCAUCAUCUUUGGAGCUGGCAAUCAAGCUGCUACUCAAUGCACGAACGCCUACAUGAUGGAUUCUUUCAGCGAGAUCAACUCUACAGAUGUGACUUCACCGCACGAUGCCACGACCAGCAACGCUGCGAAGCUGAGUGCACCUAAAAUGGCCAUGAACUGGACAGCAUCAGCCAUGGCAUCGAUGUGGUCGGUCAAAGCUCUAUGCGGUUUUGCAUUUCCCCUUUUCGCUGUUGAUACCAUCAGCGCGCUAGGGUGGGGAUGGAGCAGCACAUUACUUGCCAUGCUCAAUCUUGUGGUCGGCACAGAGGAAGAUCGCAUUGAGCAGACUAUGACUUAG